CACCAACGAACAGACCAACACCGUGACCGUGAGAGCGCUCCCUCUCGCGCUCCCUCCCUGUGCGGGCGGCCGAAUGCCACGAGCUGGGCGGAGCUGACCUCGCCGCCGGCGACUCCGCUCGACCGCCGCCGCCUCCGCCGCCGCCGGAGCCACUGAUUCAGUUGCGGAGGGAAGAAUGCCCACGGAGGGAGGGCACUGAGGCUGCGAGAUUCGGGAGCACGGGGGCCUCGCUUGGCGCGCGGAUAUUCGCCGGGGAGGCGGAGAUUUGGCGGAGGUUUCUUCGGAUUCCAGCGUGUGGGACCUUACGGCGAUGGCUGCCGCAGCUUGGGGCGGCGGCAGUGGAGGAGGAGAGCGCGCCGACGCCAAGUACAAAUCGCACAAGGCGCCGGGCUUGCGCGGCGCCAUUCUGGAGGCGGCGCACGUCUCGUGCCUCGAGGACCGCUACGCGCUGGGGCUGCAGCUCGGGUGGGGCCAGUUCGGCGUCAUCCGGUCGUGCUCCGACAUGGUCACCGGCGAGGCGCUCGCCUGCAAGUCCAUCGCCAAGGACCGCCUCGUGUCCCCCGACGACGUGAGGGGCGUCAAGCUCGAGAUCGAGGUCAUGGCGCGCCUCUCGGGCCAUCCGAACGUCGUCGACCUCAAGGCGGUGUACGAGGACGAGGAGUCCGUGCACCUCGUCAUGGAGCUCUGCGCCGGCGGGGAGCUCUUCCACCGCCUCGAGGAGCGCGGCUGCUUCUCGGAGCAUGAGGCCGCAAUGCUAUUCCGGUAUCUCAUGGAGGUCGUGGCCCACUGCCAUUGCAAAGGCAUCGUGCACCGGGACCUGAAGCCGGAGAACAUCCUCCUGGUCAGCAAGUCGCCGUCAUCGCCAAUCAAACUCGCAGACUUUGGCCUCGCCACCUACAUCCAGCCUGGUCGAAGCUUGAGUGGCAUGGUAGGAAGCCCGUUUUACAUUGCGCCGGAGGUGCUUUCCGGUGGAUACAAUGAGGCUGCCGAUGUAUGGAGCGCCGGGGUUAUACUUUACAUCCUCCUGAGCGGCAUCCCGCCGUUUUGGGGGAAAACCAAGUCCAAGAUUUUCGAGUGUAUCAGAUCGACAGAGCUGUGGUUUCCUUCUGAUCCCUGGGAUAGGGUUUCUGAUUCAGCGAAGGAGCUGGUCACCGGGAUGCUACGGCGGGAUCCUAGACAACGACUCACGGCGAAGCAGGUUUUAGAGCAUUCGUGGAUGCAACAACACGCGGACCAACCACAAGAUUCCUGCAGCCAUUGCCACGAGAUGGGCCUCAGGAUGGAGGACCCUAGCUCGUGCUCGUUCUCCACGCCACUGGCAUCGCGGAGCCGCGAUGUGAGCUUCAACACCGGUGGCCCGAUCUCCUGUCAAGGCCUGUCGGACGAGGACGUGUGCUCGCCCACAUUCGCCUGCAGAUCAUCCUUCUCGGCGUUCGUUGCCGACGGCGCCCCGUCCUGCUCGACCUCCUGGUUUUCGUUCGACGGCGCCUGCGAGCCCAGCGGCGUCAUGUCAAUGCCGAGCUUCUCGUUUUUCUGUGCACAAGAACCCGGGGAGCCUGAGCCGUCGGCGUCGGGUGACGCCUCGGGCGAGAAGGCUCCCCGCGACGCGACGGUGGCUGCUGCUACUCCUUCCACGUCUCCGAGGAUGUCGGAGGUCGUGAGGACGGCGAGGUCCGCGAACCCAUCACGGGCCGUCGGCAUCAACAGCAGGAGGAACCACACGAUCGGGGCCGGCGACCGCGAGCACCUGGACGUGGCGGUCGCCGAGUCCGUCAUACGCUGGGCGUCGUGCACGAACUUCUCCACGGCGCACUCCCUCCGGGCCUCGCUCGUGUGCUAGCAUUUGUUCGAACGGUCGUCUUUGCCUGUAAUGCGAUGCAUGCUUAGUUGAGGUGAGUGUCAGUCAUAGGUAGAGUGUGUAACUUGGACCUGAUAUAUAAUGUUGUUAUAGCAGUAGAUUUACGAGUGAUGAUGUGCUUGAAUGCUGAAUGAGAUAGAUAUGUUUGCCCUUGGCCCCCCUUGUCGGUGUCAUCGGAAGACGCUCGCAUUUUCGUGUCCGGAGAAGUGAUCACUAUUCACUUUUUUGUUUGGGAGACCAGGGAGCUUUGUAUUAUAUUGAAGCAGGAUUACAGCAAUGGGUUUGCAAGAA